GUCUGGAGGAGGUGCCACUUGGCGGCUACGGCUGCAAUGGCGGCGGAGGUGGAGGCUCCCGGCCGAGGCCGGGCAGCCGGGGGGACCCCUGGGUAUAGGCCAGAGACUGCUCUCUGUACACGCUUCUGCUGAAUCCUCCCCCGAGGUUCCAGUUAAGAGAACUGCGGCCUACGGUCCCUAGCCCUCUAGACACGGAGGAGAUUUGGCCGGUGCUGGUGGGCUGCUCGGGGCCCUGGGGUGAGAGGGGGGAGGUCACUGACGGGCGGACUCGGGGUAGGAGCACCCGCGGAGGCGAGAGGUCCUCUGGUCCCCCCUUCCUCUGCAGGCAGUGUGGGCCCCCCCCCCAUUCCGUAUGCCAGCAGUUUUAGGGCCGUGCCUUUAGGAUUGAAGAAAUCUUCCCUCACACAGCAUCAUUCCCCCUAGUGACUUCUUCCCUCCGUAACAACGAAUCGAACAGCAGAAGUCUCGCACUCUUGUCACUUGUGGAUUAAAGGCUGUGGAUAAGGCCGCCAAAAGCCCUCUCUGAUACUCUUACCGAGAAACAGUGGUUCUCCCUAGGAGUAGACAAGGAAGAAGUAACUGACAUACACCUACUAACGGUGGGAGGCCCAAAGAGCCUGAUACCCGAAGUCUCCUCUUUUGGAGCCGCGACCAGUGUUUAAAUAACUAAGCACCUUUGGAAACCCCAGGGGGAAAUAUUACUUUGAUGUCCUUUGGGGUAACUAAAGGACAAGAAAAUGGAUGAUUUCAUCUCCAUUAGUCUUCUGUCGCUGGCCAUGCUGGUAGGAUGUUACGUGGCUGGAAUCAUCCCCUUGGCUGUUAAUUUCUCCGAGGAGCGACUAAAGCUGAUAACUGUUUUGGGUGCUGGGCUUCUCUGUGGAACUGCGUUGGCUGUCAUUGUGCCUGAAGGAGUACAUGCACUUUAUGAAGAUAUUCUGGAGGGAAAGCACCACCAGGCCAGUGAGGCACAGAAUGUGAUUGCAUCAGAUAAAGCAGUAGAAAAACCACUUGUCCAUGAACAUGAGCACAGCCAUGAUCACACAAGACUACAUGCAUAUAUUGGUGUUUCCCUCGUCUUAGGCUUUGUCUUCAUGCUGCUGGUGGACCAGAUUGGCAGCUCUCAUAUGCAUUCUGCAGAAGAUCCAGAAGCAGCACGAUCCAACAAUUCCAAAAUCACUACGACAUUGGGCCUUGUAGUUCAUGCUGCAGCUGAUGGUGUUGCUUUGGGAGCAGCAGCUUCUACUUCACAAACUAGCGUCCAGCUAAUCGUAUUUGUGGCAAUAAUGCUACAUAAGGCACCAGCUGCCUUUGGCCUGGUUUCUUUCCUAAUGCAUGCUGGACUGGAACGAAACCGAAUCAGAAAGCAUUUGCUGGUCUUUGCCCUGGCAGCACCUGUUAUGGCCAUGGUAACAUACUUAGGGCUAAGUAAGAGCAGCAAAGAAGCCCUUUCAGAGGUCAAUGCCACUGGAGUGGCCAUGCUUUUCUCUGCUGGGACAUUUCUGUAUGUUGCUACAGUACAUGUCCUCCCUGAGGUGGGAGGACUGGGUCACAGUCACAAGCCUGACUCUGCUGGAGGAAAAGGACUCAGCCGCCUGGAGGUGGCCGCUUUGGUUUUGGGUUGCCUCAUCCCACUCAUUUUGUCGAUUGGACACCAGCAUUAAGUGUUCAGGUCCCAGCCUCUGUCCUUGGUCUUUCAGAAGUCUGAUGUGGAUAGCGCAUUACAGCUGCUCAAUUCCUCAGUCUCUUGUCUUACCUUGUCUAGCUCCACCAAUAUUUCAGAAACCCAAUGAGGAUUGUGAUGUAAAACUCAGAGUACUAGAAAUGCUUUUUAGUAUAAAAACAUAUUACAUAUGCCUAUAUAAA